AACCGCUUUUCUCACAAGCAUCCUCUGUUCAGAGCCUCAUUAAGUUUUUCUCUCUUUCACUUAUUUAUUGACUCUCCAUAAGCCCUUCAAACCUCUCUCUAUUCCUCUCUACUAGUCACCUUCUCCCUUCCAUUCACUCCACUUCUUAACACCCCCAAACAGAACAACGGCAGAGCAAGCAGCCAGAAAAAUGGUGUUGCUGUCCAAAGCAACAACAGAACAAUACUCCUACAUCAAGAACUACAUGCCAACUGCAUUCUCCUCAACAAUUCCCAUAGUGGACCUCUCCAAACCCGAUGCAAAGACCCUCAUAGUGAAGGCUUGUGAGGAGUUUGGAUUCUUCAAAGUCAUCAACCAUGGUGUUCCCAUUGAAGCUAUAUCCCAAUUGGAAUCCGAAGCCUUCAAGUUCUUCUCUAUGCCACUCAAUGAGAAGGAAAAAGCAGGGCCUCCCAAACCAUUUGGGUAUGGUAGCAAGAAAAUUGGACACAAUGGGGAUGUUGGUUGGGUUGAGUACCUUCUUCUCAACACCAAUCAAGAACACAACUUCUCUUUUUAUGGCAAAAAUGCUGAAAAAUUUAGGUGUCUAUUAAACAGUUACAUGUCUUCUGUGAGAAAAAUGGCAUGCGAGAUUCUUGAGUUGAUGGCAGAAGGAUUGAAGAUUCAGCAAAAGAAUGUGUUUAGCAAGCUUCUGAUGGAUAAACAGAGUGACUCUGUUUUCAGGGUGAAUCACUACCCUGCUUGUCCUGAACUUGCCGUGAAUGGUCAGAACUUGAUUGGGUUCGGAGAACAUACAGACCCACAAAUCAUUUCUUUACUUAGGUCCAACAACACUUCAGGCCUUCAGAUUUUUCUUAGAGAUGGAAACUGGAUUUCAGUCCCACCUGAUCACAAAUCUUUCUUCAUAAAUGUUGGUGAUUCUCUUCAGGUUAUGACCAAUGGAAGAUUUCGGAGUGUGAGACAUAGAGUUUUGGCAAAUGGAUUUAAGUCUAGGCUCUCAAUGAUUUACUUUGGAGGUCCACCUUUGAGUGAAAAAAUAGCGCCAUUACCUUCUCUCAUGAAAGGAAAAGAAAGCUUAUAUAAAGAAUUUACGUGGUUUGAGUACAAGAAUUCAACCUAUGGUUCAAGAUUGGCUGAUAAUAGGCUUGGACAUUUUGAGAGAAUUGUUGCUUGAUAAUAUGUAGAGAAUUAUGGGGGCACUUGUCAAUACAAAAUGGGGGUUACAAUAGUCUAUAUACUAUAAAUGUUUUUUCUUUUUCUUUUUUCUACUUUAAGGUUAUUUAUCAAUUAGAAUGCCUCACAGAUAUAGGACAACGCAUACACCCCUUUUGCUUCAACACUAGUGAAUGCAUCUGAUGUAGUUAACAAUGGAGAUUUGAUAAUGGUCAAAAGCUUGAUACAAAUUGCAAUAAAGCUUUAUAAGAAUAAAAUAUAUAUUCCAGACAUA